GCCCCGGAGUACGACGCCAUGGACGAUGACCAAGGACUGUUGCCAUUAGAUCCAAAUCACAAGUUGACCACAACGGCGGCGGCGACGGAUGAUUCUUCGGAGGAUGUAAACUUGGAUGCAGCAUAUGACGAGAUCGAGUACAUGGACUUGAAAGUGCCUGGAAAGGAGGGAUGCCCUAGGGCCGAGAAGAAGGGCCAGUCGACGGCAGAUAAACGAGGUGGUCCGAAGCAGCAUUCGUCGCUGACGAGCGAGAUGAAGACGUCCAGGGCCGUGGCGCGCGUGACCCAACGGCUAGGUCUUGAACGCGUGCAUGAGAUCCAAUUGGAAUAUGCGUCGCUCAAGUCCAAGUUUGGCGAACUCGACUACGACAAGGCCAACGCCAUGAUCCGCAAUCUCAUGGCGAUGGGGUUGAGUCAAAUAGAAAUACGAGGCAUCCUCGGGGUUGGCGGGUAUCGCUUGCAGCGACUGUACAGUGCCCAGGCCGCAAAACCAUCGCCGACGUACGCUGCCACGGACGAACUCGUGCUUCCUUCUCCGCCACCCCUGACACCGUCGACAUUGCACUCUGUAGACAAGUCGGUGCACAUUCCUGUGUUGUCCUCCAUUCCCCAUCUUGUGAACGCACUCACGAAGAAGCUGUCGGCGUUUCCGCUCGUGGCAUCCCGCAUUUCCUUUGUCGCUGUCGAUGCGGCGGGACUAUCCGUCGACUCUUCAUCCUCUGCCCUUGUUGAAGCCGCCGAGAUCAUAUUGGGGGAUGCCGCUGCCUGCGUCCUCGCCUUGCCUCAUACGAGACACCUCAAGUGGCUGCAGCUCACCUCUGCCACCGUCGACAUCGACUUGGUUGUCCAACCCAAACGCGACUUUGCAUGUACACGAGCUGGAGGCAUCCACGGCCCUCACGUUGCCCAGUAUGUCCUCGGGCGGAUCAUUGCGAUCGAACGCUCAUUUCACAAAGCCACUCAACUGCAGGCCACUCGAGCGUUCGACCCGCACGAGUUGACGUACCGAAGUGCGAAGGACGUGUCCGUGGCCAUCCUUGGCUACGGGGACAUUGGCGCGCACGUGGCCAAACUGGUAGCCGCGGCGGGGUUCCGAGUGAUGGCGCUAAAGCGACGGACAGCUCGGGCCUCGUGGAUGAAAGCGGACGGGGCGGGGGGGUUCGACGUGACCGACAGACUCGACCACGUGCUAGCGAACGCAGACUACAUCGUCAACGCCCUUCCCUGCACCCCCCACACCCACCGCCUCCUCGCCGGAUCUGUGCUGCACCUGUGUGCACACAAGUCCCCAUGUUUGAUCGACUUGAGUCCUUGGCAUGUGGUGGACGAAGCCACCGUCGUCGCGGCCAUGGAGCACAAGUGGCUCUCCAGCGCAGUGUUGGACGUCCCCGAGCCAGUGCCGCCGACGAGCCCGUUGUGGGACCACCCCCAAGUGACCCUCACCCCGCGCGUGGCGCCGCCGCACCAAGCCGACGCGGUCGCGGAUGUGUUUAUGCAGAACCUGUGGCAUUUUAUAGGCCACGCGCCGUUGCAGUAUGCUGUCGAGUGGACGCAAGGAUAUUGAACGUGUAACAACAAUAAAUAUACAUUCAUCGCUA